AUGGCAAGAAAUCCAGGAACCACUAUCAAGAUAGAAUCUGAAAUGCCUCCCAAUCCUGAAUGUCAAACUAAGAUUUUCAAAAGAAUAUACAUUUGUAUUGGAGCAUUAAAAGAGGGGUUUAAAGCUGGUGGUAGGGAACUGUUGGGGUUGGAUAGGGCCUUUAUGAAGGGACUUUAUCCUGGGCAAGUAUUAACUGCAGUAGGUGUGGAUGGUAACAAUGGUAUAUACCCCAUUGCAUAUGGCCUUGUAGAAGCAGAAAACAGAAGCUCCUGGACUUGGUUUAUUUCAUGCCUUGGAGAAGAUUUGGAUUUGCAACAGAUGAGCAACUUUACCUUUGUUUCAGACAGGCAAAAGGGUAUUGUCCCAGCUAUUGAAAGCUUAUAUCCAUGUGCUGAGCAUAGAUUUUGUUUGAGACAUAUUCACGAGAACUUGAAAACCAAAUUUAAGUGUGGGGAAGUAUACAAGGAAAUGUUGUGGAACUGUGCAACAAGAACAACUCUUCCUGAGUUUCAAACUGCAAUGGAAGAACUCAGGGUUGCAGAUGCAAGGGUUCAUGAUUGGUUGAGGGCAAUUCCAGCCAAACACUGGGCUAGGAGUCACUUUUCAGGAAGGCCAAAAUGUGAUAUUCUUCUUAAUAAUAUUUGUGAGUCCUUUAAUAGUAAGUUGGUAGAUGCUAGAGAUAAGCCAAUUAUAAAUUGUCUAGAGUACAUUAGAGAAUAUAUGAUGAAAAGGAUUGUUGUUGUUCAACAAGUAAUGGAGAAAUCUGUUGGACCAUUGACUCCCACUGCAACCUUGAUAUUUGAGGCCACAAAGAAAGAAGCAUUUAAGUACAAUGUGGAAUGGAAUGGUCAUGACUUGUACCAGUUAAAGGGCCCAUGGCAAGACCAAGCUGUGGUAAACACAACUACAAAGGAGUGUAGUUGUAGAAAGUGGGAAUUAACUGGUUUACCUUGUAAACAUGUUGUAGCAGCAAUUUGGAAUAUGAAGGAUAAUGAUAGGAAACCUGGAGAGGCUGAAGAUUGGGUUCACACUGCAUAUAGACUUGAAACAUGGAAGGAGGUUUAUGGUCACAAGAUUAACCCAGUCACUGGUGCUUCUACAUGGCCAAGAAGUGCUUGCCCAUACAAGUUGUUACCCCCACACCAUCAUACACAGGUUGGAAGGCCAUCAAAGAAAAGGAAAAGAGCUGCUGAUGAGAAGGUGAAAGAUUCAAGUGUGACAGGAGGUAAAAUGUCUAGGGUUGGGAAGACAGUCACAUGUUCUAAAUGUAAGCAACAAGGGCACAAUCAAAGAAAGUGCAAAGGUCAAAGAGAUCCAAGUUCAAGUCAACAAAACAAGGCAAAUAAACAGAAGAAAAAACCACAAAGACAAACUGAAGGGGUGGGUUCAAGUCAAGCAGAAGCUACAAGUCAUCACAUACAAAGAAGCCAACCUCAAGAAAGUCAAUCUCAUGCUGGCAAACAAGCUCAAGGAAGCCAGAGGUCCAAAAAGACACAAGCAAGUCAACCUUCUGGCAGUCAACAAACACAAGGAAGUCAACCUAACCCUGCUUCAUACCAAAGAACAAACAGCAGUCCAAAAUUGGUUGUCAAAAGAUUUUCUAGAAUGAAUUGA